GGAUCUCGUGAAGCAUGAUGUGGGAGUUCCGCUCUAUGAUGUUCUGGCGGGCGGUGUUCGCCGAGUUCUUCGGCACCAUGUUCUUCGUCUUCUUCGGGAUGGGCGCAGCGCUGCGCUGGACCUCGGGGCCGUACCACGUCUUCCACACCGCCCUCUGCUUCGGUUUCGCGGCCGCCACGCUCAUCCAGUCCAUCGGCCACAUCAGCGGAGGACACAUCAACCCGGCCGUCACCUUCGCCUACUUAGUCGGCUCUCAGAUGUCCUUUUUCCGAGCUUUCUUCUACAUCUGCGCUCAGUGCAUGGGGGCCAUGGCAGGAGCCGCGGCCCUGUACGGAGUUACACCCAACAACAUGAGAGGCACACUGGCACUUAACACGCUGCAGCCCGGCAUGAGUCUCGGCAUGGCGACUACAGUGGAGGUGUUUCUUACCAUGCAGUUGGUGGUCUGCGUUUUCGCCGUCACAGACGAGAGACGAAACGGACGCUUGGGGUCAGCCGCUCUGUCUAUUGGCUUCUCUAUCACCAUGGGCCACCUGAUGGGGAUGUACUACACCGGAGCCGGCAUGAACCCGGCGAGAUCUUUCGCUCCUGCGGUUAUCAUGAGGAAUUUCAUCAACCACUGGGUGUACUGGGUGGGGCCUAUGAUUGGUGGCGCUAUGGGUGCCAUCCUGUACGAUUUCAUGCUGUUUCCCCGUAUGCGGGGCUUCUCCGAGCGGCUAGCCACUCUCAAGGGCAGCCGACCCCCGGGGGCCGAGAACCAGCAAGAGACAAUCGGGGAGACCAUCGAGCUGAAGACUCAGACCCUAUAA